AUGCUGGUUUCGGCGACAUACUCAUCCACACGAGCGGCGACCGCUCCGACGCAGCUGAUCCUUCGCGGCACCCGUGACGGUGAUCUCGCCGCAACGCUCUCAGCCCAGCGAGCAUCUUCUUCUUCUCACUGUGCCAAAGCUGAGCGGCUACCGCUAUUCACAUGGUCCGAUCUGGUCGCCAUCGUCAGCACGGGCAACCUGCAGCGUCUGUCGCGCCACCCCGAAGACCUGCGCGAGUACUUCGCCUGGAUGGACUCGGUCAAGCUCUCCUACGGCUCCGUCCAGUCAUUCAUCCUUGCCGAACGCCUUACAGCCUCCCACCUCGUCAGCCUCCCGACUUCGGAGAGUGAUGCAGCGGUGUGCUUUACGAGCUCGUUCGAGCCAGGUCGCGAGUGCCAGAUCCUGGUCAAUGACUGGCCCUACUCGGUGCCCACAGACGUCGUCCAUAACGUGGUGUGGUCGUAUCGCCCGAUCUUGCACCGCAGUCUGGUAGCGGGAAAGGAAAAGGCGGUGGAAGAAGCAGCCUGGGCAGUGGUUGCAAAGCGCGGUCUGUGCGGAUCGCUGUCGAAACACGGCCUGGUCGUACCGUCGUUACAAGACCAUGCGCAGCAUGUACCGGAUUUGCGCAGCCUCGUAGCCAAGUGCGGAGAGCAAGACAGCGCGGAGGCAAAUGUGCAUGGCGUCCUGAGGAAAGCAUGCAGAGAGAUCGUCGCAUUCAUAGAAAAGCACUGGGACUUGGACAGAUGCGAGGUGGUCUUCUUCGCCAACCCGCCCAGCUUACAGUCGGUUCCCUCGCUUGCGCAUUUCCACGUCCUUGUUCGUGGAAUGUGGGAGCUAUGCAUCGAUGCUUCGGGUGGGGUCAUGGCAUGCUUCAUUUGGUUAGCCCGUGUGGGCGAUGCAAGGAAGACUUGGAAACCCGCAGAUGUGCACUCGUUCUUCCAUCAUCGGCCACUACUUAGUAAUCGCAAACAACGACGACAAGCAAGGGCCGAGACGAUGAUGGCCAUGACGCUGGCCAUUCGACUAUCCGUGGCCACUUUAGCACUGCCCACAUGUGCCGCGGCAUCCGGGUCAUCACCGCCAGGUUUCGCAGCGUCCCAGCUUCGGCCCGGCACGAGCUUGGACUUCGACCAGGUCUUACACGGCCUCUACACACCCAGCCGCGCCGACGCCACUUCUCACAACGCUGCGUUAGCCGGCUUUGGUUACAAGUACUUUAUGUCUGGCGCACCGAUCUUUGUCUUUCCCCACCGAGGCUCUAGGAUUGCCAAGUCGUCGCUGGACGAGGCACUGUCGACGUUUGGCAAAUUCCACAUCUACAGCCCUGCCACCCGACAGGGCACUUCGAUCAAGCCGGACCCCAGCAACGAAGGGCCAGCGUUGCGGACGGACGAGUUUGGCGAUGUGGGCGAAUACAUGCAGCGAGUGGACGCGACGCGCGCGCGAUUUGGACCACACGCUACGAUGCUAGCCCACGGUGCUCCAACCAGCCAGAUCACCAAGAAGUAUCCAUGGUCCAGAGCGGGGACCAAGACACCGGAGUGGGAUGAGGUGUGGCAAUCAGAAGCGGUUCCACAUGAGGCCAGGUUGAGUAAGCCAGAAGUGUUCAGAGCGUACCUCAGAGCCACGUUGGAAACGAACAGGCAUGUGCGGUUCGAGACCAAGCGCGGAAGUAUGGGUCUGCGCGCCUUACCCAGCGGCCAAAUCGAAAAGGCGUUCCGGGAUCUUGCAGGCGAAACAACCUACUUCCACCCCUAG